CGGCGGGCGAGAUGAAGCGCGUAACCUCCGGACAACCGGCCAAAGUCCGGUCGACAAGUACACGAAAGCUACCUGUAACCUGCGCCCAUGGGGUAUCUUCAAUUAACAACAACAACCACGUUGCGAUAUCAAAGCCAAAGCCGACGUCGACUGUCGUGAAGACGACCGCAACCAAGCGAGACGCACUCAACCUAAAGAUCAACCGAGCGGCCGACCGCGCCGUGCUCCAUGUGUUUCGUCAGGCGUUCCUGGCCUUGGAUGUCGUCCAAACAGUGCACGCCCUUGGCUCUACAGUGACGUGGUGCACUACCGACCAAACUAGGAACAACCAUCCCGCAAGCCUAUUUCUGGCACUGACCACGUACACGAUGCCGCUGGAAGAUAUUACUGGAUCGUUGCGACAAGUCGUGUCGUUCGAGUCUGCAGCACAUUCGAGGCGCGUGAAUCCAUCCACCGAAGUGACCUCGAGGAUGACACUCAAGUUCUCGGGAUGGCGGCUCGUGGACACAACCACGGACGGCACCGCGUUGUGUGUGUAUCAGUACACCCACUACGACGCGGUAGCAGGCGGUAGCCGCAGCUGCUGGCCCAGCCUCGUGGCGGUGGUGUGGAAAGAUGGACUUCAAGUGCAUAGUCUAUAUGCAAUUCACUCAAUUCCUCUUGUCGCGUCGGCGCUGCUUUCUCGGGUGGUGACGACGCUUCAAGAUGACAUUGAUCCGUGUUUUGGCUUGCAUGGAUACACCGUGGCCGUGUCCCUGCGCUCGUUUGACCAAGUCGUGUGGGAUUAUGAAGGGUACCUCGUGGACUUUUCGUCAGAUUUGCCCAUUGGGGCCACAGAAACCGUUGCGUCGCUCUUGGUUCCACAGGUAUCGUGUAGUCCUUCGUCGCAUUUUCUCGAUAGUUAUUAAACCACCUCGCAAGCCACGGUGGAUUGAGUGAUGCUACAUUUUUCUGUGGUACCAUGCAAUUCCAGCACGACACAUCCAUGUUGUUGGCAAAUGCAAAACAGAACAAGAAUUCUACUAACAACGAGAUUGUGUGCUGAGCAUUCAGGGAGCAUUGCGGGACCGAAGUCGCGUGUUGAAUGAAGGCAGCAGCGGCAACUUGUCGAUUCGAACGCUUGCGUUUACUACGACGGCCACCAACUGCAUUGUUGUGGACGUGGCCGUGUGGGACUUUGAACGCACGUGUCGUUGGGCGACGUCGCAAUGCGUGGCGUACACACCCAGCCCCAAACGCCAGGACGCGCUCGACAUGGACGUAGCCAAGUCGUUCGAAGCGGUGCAACUGGCGGUCGACACGCCCCAAAUCGGCCGCGUGCGGGUAGAAAUUUAUCGGUUUCAAAGCAAAGCCAUCGUUGCCAGCUUGGACGUGGCGCUGUCUACGGCGUUUGUGAAUGCCACGUACGGAACCACCUAUGGCAAGGAAUAGCUCAACCUCGUCACGCUUGAAGUACACGAAAGAUGCCGUCUUAAAACCUCCUGCUCCAUUUUCUAUAUGUCCUCCCAUAGAAAGUAUUAUAUACAUAACAUUCGACUACCGAUCCG